CGCUCACGCCAACUAGCACGAAAAAUAGAUAAUAAAAAUAAUAAUACAAAUAAGCCAGCUGUGUUGAGCUAGCUAAGUAAAAUGCCCUGUUGGUACUAUGACAAAAAGGAGUUGCGUGAAACACCUUCGAUUAAGGAUGGCGUAACGUACGAGACCGAGCGACGCUACCGCAAGGAGGGCGCUCGCUUCAUCAUGGAAUGCGGCACCAAGAUGGGACUCGGCCACAACACAAUGGCAACCGGCGUUGUCUACUUUCAUCGCUUCUACAUGUUUCACUCGUUCAAGAGCUUUCCCCGCUACGUCACUGCCUGCUGUUGCUUGUUUCUUGCUGGCAAGGUGGAGGAGACGCCCAAGAAGUGUCGGGACAUUAUUAAAACGGCACGCGGCAUACUCAACGACAACUAUUUUGUGUCCUUUGGCGACGAUCCCAAGGAGGAGGUGAUGACACUGGAGCGCAUACUACUGCAGACCAUCAAGUUUGAUCUGCAGGUGGAGCAUCCAUACACAUUUCUGCUUAAGUAUGCAAAGUGCUUCAAGGGCGAUCAGCAGAAGCUGCAAAAAAUGGUACAAAUGGCGUGGAAUUUUGUUAACGACUCACUCAGCACGGUGGUGUGUCUGCAGUGGGAGCCUGAGAUCAUAGCGGUGGCGCUUAUACAUCUGGCCAGCAAGUUGAGCAAGUUCACUGUGCUGGAUUGGCUGGGCAGACAGCCGCAGCAUCAGCGCUGGUGGGACAUGUUCGUAUCGAAUGUUACCAUGGAGAUACUCGAGGAUAUAUGCCAUCAGGUGCUGGAUCUCUAUCAAUCGACGCAAAAGGAAGGCCAAGAACCCAACAGUCCGCCGCAGAAACCGCCGAGCCGCGCGGACAGUCCCAACUCCAUUUUGAAAACGCUAAAUUCCAGCCUUGAGUGCACGCCAGCGUCACAGCCCAAUGGCAUUGAGCUGAACAACAUACAAAGCAUCAAAUCGUUGGCUAAUGCUGUGCCGCUUGCGGCUAUAUCCAUACCGCCGCCCAAUGAUCCACUGGCGCCAGUGGGCAAUAUGAUAGGCGCACUGCCACCGUCGGCUAAUAUGAACAGCAAUGCUGGCAAUUAUCACAUGUACCAUGCUCCGCCUCCACCACCACCGCCAGUUGUGCCUAUGCAGCCAUAUGCAACGAAUGCCUGGACGCAGCAACCGCCGCCGCCCGCACAUUACGCCGCAGCCGCACCACCGCCACCAAUGCCGCCCAACAUGGGCGGUGGCUCAGCUGGUGGCGGUGCGCAGGGCUAUUAUAAUUCGGGACGCCAGCAGCAGCAGCAGCAGCAGUCACAGCAACGCUAUUAACAGUUGUAAAAUUCAUUGUUCAUAAUAAAUAAUAUUAAUAAAGCGUAAUUUUUAUUAAAUCAACAUUAUUCUCACCGCGCGUUCACGUAGUCCGGGGAGUUUGGGAGCAACCUAGGCCAGACGCAUGGGAUAAUGAGCAUGAAUUUGUAUUUUGUGACGUUUAUACGACUAAACUAAUCGUGAUUAAGCUCCAUUAAUGGCGUAAUUUAAAUUGUGCUUAAUUUUUUUAAAGGGUUUACAAUUCGAGUUGCGAAUUUCGUCAAAAAAUUUAAACUGAUCUUAAACUUGCGGUAAUACUAAGCUUAAAUAUAAUUUUGUUAUUAAUCACGAUUAGUGCUUGUGCGUAUAAACAAAUGUUUGACUGUGUGUGUUUGUUUUGAUGUUUGUGCUUAUGCAUGAGAAUUUACUUGGCUACUUAAUGUUUACAUGUUCGUUAAGUAAUUUAGAGUAUAAGCUAGGCUAUAUACGCUUUUUAUAAAUGUUUAUAUAAUAUAUAAAGAUUGUGAUAUAUAUCAGUGGGCG